GGUGGGCAGCGAGGAGGAGGAGCCUGGGGCUGGGAGGCGGCGAUCGCGGCCCGAGUUCCUGCCGGUCGGCCCGGGGUUCCGGUCCAUGGACCGCGGGCGCCGAGUGCCGAGUUGCUGCCGACGGAGGAGCUACCUCUCUGUGAGAGCCUCGAGGCGGGGCGCUUGAGCUGCUCGGGAAGUGGUGGUUGGUGCGGGAGCGUAGGUAGUUCUGCUGAGGUAAGGACUGGGAAAGUCGCGGUCUCGGGAGCCGGACCGCGUCGUUCCGGCAUCAGUGAUGGCUCAAGAAGCAAUGGACUAUGAUCUUCAGGUGCAGUUAGAUCAUGCUACAGAACAGCUUGCUCCCACUGAAGUGGUCAGCAGCCAAGGGAGACCACCCCUCCUUCAACCUGUUCCUGUUGAAGGAGUCAGCAAUCAAGAAAGACCACCCCUGCUCCAUCCUGUUCCUGCUGAAGGAGUCAGCAGCCAAGAAAGACCAUCCCUUCUCCAUCCUGUUCCUGUUGAAGGAGUCAACAGCCAUGGGGGACCACCCCUCCCCCAGCCUGCUCCUGCUGAAGGAGUCAGCAGCCAGGGGGUACUACCCCUGCUCCACCCUGCUCCACACAUAUCCAUUGACCUGACUGAGGAAGUGGAACUCUCAGAAGAUAAUGUGCAGAACAUUAAUCCUGGGGCUUCAGAAGAGCAUAGACAGGGAUCUGGUGCUAACCAUACUCUCCAAGCAGCUUCCUUGGAUUCAAUGAACAGCUUCAUCAGUGGGCUGCAGAGACUUCAUGGAAUGCUGGAAUUUCUGAGACCUCCACCUUCAGACCAAAGUGUGGGGCCAGUGAGAGCAAGAAGGAGGAGGGGGUCCACUUCUCGGAGGGCAAGAGCUUCAGGGUCUCAGAGGACCGACAAUGCCAGGUUGAGAGCACCACUGGAUGCUUACUUUCAGGUGAGCAGGACCCAGCCUCACUUUCCAGCUGCAUCUUAUGAUUCAGAGACUAGGGAUCCUGUACCUGAAGACUUGCCAGUGUCAAGCAGUUCUGAUUCUGACAGUGAGAGCUCUGCAGAGUAUGAAGAGGUUGUUGUCCCUGCAGAAGAGACUGAAGCUGUCAUUUCAGAAGAGCAACUGGGAGAUGUCUCAGCAGACCAAGAAGUUACAUUUAUCAGUGGAGACAAGACCCUUCCCAAACAGCAGUCUCCCCAGAAAUCCAAUCCUACUCUACCUUCUGCUUCUACGGAUGAAGAAGAAGGGGAUACUUGCACAAUAUGUUUGGAACAGUGGACCAAUGCUGGCGACCACCGGCUCUCAGCAUUACACUGUGGGCACCUCUUUGGGUAUAGAUGCAUUUCUAAGUGGCUUAAAGGACAAGCACGAAAAUGUCACCAGUGCAACAAGAAAGCCAAGCACAAUGACAUCAUUGUCCUUUAUGCCCGAACCCUCAGAGCUUUGGACACCAGUGAACAAGAGCGGGUGAAAAGUGCUUUACUGAAGGAGCAAAUGCUCAGAAAGCAGGCUGAGUUAGAGUCUGCACAGUGCCGACUUCAACUUCAAGUUCUCACUGAUGAAUGCACUAAACUUCACAGUAGCAUCCAGGAUUUGCAAAAACUUGUUAUACAGCAUCGAGAUCAGAUUGCACAGCAACCCGGGAGCUCCCAGGCAAGUUUCCUAAACUGCCUGCCCUCCAGCCAGGGCCAGCACAAGUACCACUUCCAAAACACCUUCACAGUAUCUCAGACAGGAAACUGCCGAAUCAUGGCAUACUGUGAUGCUAUGAGCUGCCUGGUGAUAUCACAGCCUUCUCCUCAGGCUUCCUUCCUUCCAGGCUUUGGUGUUAAGAUGUUGAGUACUGCCAACAUGAAAAGCAGUCAGUAUAUUCCAAUGCAUGGCAAACAGAUCCGAGGACUGGCUUUUAGUAGUCGUUCCAAAGGCUUGCUGCUCUCUGCUUCUCUAGACAAUACUAUUAAACUGACUAGCCUGGAGACCAAUACUGUUGUCCAGACUUACAAUACCAGACGUCCUGUCUGGAGCUGUUGCUGGUGCCAUGAUGAAAACAAUUACAUCUAUGCCGGACUAGCCAAUGGUUCGAUUCUAGUCUAUGACCUGAGAAACACAAGUUGUCAUAUGCAGGAGUUAGUACCUCAGAAGGCCAGAUGCCCACUGGUAUCUCUUUCAUAUAUACCGAGAGCUGCCUCUGCUGUAUUUCCAUAUGGUGGGGUGCUAGCUGGAACAUUGGAGAAUGCUUCCUUCUGGGAGCUAAAAGUGGGCUUCUCUCAUUGGCCUCAUGUGCUGCCCUUAGAGCCAGGGGGCUAUGUAGACUUUCAGAUGGAGAGCCGCACCCGACACUGUCUUGUGACCUACAGGCCUGAUAAAAACCACAACACCCUACGAAGUGUGCUGCUGGAAAUGUCCUACAAACUGGAUGAUGCUGGAGAACCAAUUUGUUCCUGCCACCCUGUGCAAACAUUCUUUGGGGGACCCACUUGCAAACUAUUGACCAAGAGUGCUAUUUUUCAAAGCCCAGAGAAUGAUGGUAGCAUCCUGGUGUGUACUGGGGAUGAAGCAUCAAACUCUGCUCUGCUGUGGGAUGCUGGCAGUGGCUCAUUGCUACAGGACCUGCAGACUGAUCAGCCUGUUUUGGAUAUCUGCCCAUUUGAGGUGAACCAUAACAGCUACUUGGCUACCUUAACAGAGAAGACUGUCCACUUCUAUAAGUGGGAGUGACCUUGGUCUUAAGACCCUUCAGACAGGCUGCUGGUUAACUUUAAAUGUUGUUUGCUAUUACCUAGCAGCCCUGAACAAUAUCCCUGCUUAUUGUCUGCAAGCUAGAAUUUGAGGAUCAUGGUUCAUUUGGAUUAGUAUGAUUCUAGAAAUCCAGAUCACCAAAACACUAUGGAUUGUGUAUCUGCUAUGUCCAUCCAAGGAGUGACUGGUAUUCCAUCUAUACUAUCCAUUUCUCAGGUUAUAAGCUUUCAUGAAUCUUUCAUAAAUCUUUGCUUUAGAGAGUCCUCUUAGUAGUCAUUUAGGACAGGAGGAUGCACCAAACAUUUUCUGGGGGAUAUGAUGUCCACCUGAGUCAUUUUGUCUAUUGGGCUAAUUGCCUUAUUGUGUUGCAUCCUAAGGGGCUAACCCGCUUCCUGCUUAGUGGAUGCAAAAGUCUUUUUUCUGUUGAACAUAAGAGGGCACUGUAGAACCUUGUGUAGAAUUUGAUUUAUUUUAAGCUUAUAGGCUCAUUAACCUUUUAUUAACUAGAUGCUCUUGUCCCCAACAGAAGCGUGUGGUAGUACACAUCUGGUAUACUUUAUUGUAUCAGUAGUCAUGUUCCAGGCACAUAGUGCUAAGGCGUUCAUUAAGUCGAACAAUAGACAUGGCUAAUGAGCAGUAUGGGGCCUUGGCUAAUGCUGAAUAUAUUAAGCUUAUUGCAUUGUUAGACUAAGGAAAGGGACCAAUUGUUGGAGCAUUCUUUUCCAGAUAGAUUAGAAACUCGGGAUUGGUUAUCUAAGCCAGUGUUUCAAGACUACUAUUCUUCCCUUCUGCUAGAAAAGGAUCAAGGCUUUUUACUUGAAUCUCCCCUAAUAUCAGAUCAGGAUCUAGGAACUAAAGAGAGCAAGAAAACCUGUUCAGAUUGUUGUGGAGAAAAGAAGGGCUUGUUUUUCUCCCAUUUUCAUAAGAGUUCCUAUCUGAAUAAAGCCAAUUCCUCAAAGUGAAGGGGUUUUUGAGCAUGUUUAUAAUACCUAAGUAAAGGCUUCCCCACUUGAAACAUGUUUCUGUUCAAGUUUCUCUGAUUUGUCUCCCUAACCUUUUCUGUUCAAGUUUCUCUGAUUUGUCUCCCUAACCUUAGUAAAAUGAUUACUCUCAGGAAGAUAAUUAGUGGUUGGAGACCUAUGGGGAUGACAGGGAAAGCACUCACCAACUCUCAUUGCCCAACAUUAGGAUCCACUCUCAGGUUGUAUUUGUCUGCUUUGCCUCAGGCUUUUCUGGGAAAUCACUGUCCAUAGCAGUACAUUCCUGAAGGUAUGGGCAGAUCAAUAUUCUUGGGAGCACAUGGCUAAUAAUGUGAUUUUCUUAAUUAAAUAAUUUGAAGAGGACUUUUCUUCUUCUUCCUUUUUUUUUUUUUUUUUUUUUUUUUAAUAAAACAGUUCUUAUCUGUCAAUUCCUUAGUUGUUUCCAGGAUUUUCUUACCAUCAAGGGAUUGAUAGAGUAGAUUUUCCCGGAAGUUCUAAUGGUGUCUUUUAAUGAAAGCUUUCUGUUAGAGGGUAUCUUUCAAAAACCCAAUGUAUACAGCCUAGGAAAAGCCCCUUUUUCUCAAGAGGAGAGACUCCUUUUGAUAUGUUGAUGAUUAAGAGAGCUACCCUGGGGCUGGGGAUGUGGCUCAAGCCUGGGUUCGAUCCUCAGCACCACAUACAAACGAAGAUAUUGUGUCCGCCAAAAACUAAAAAAUAAAUAAAUAUUAAAAAAUUCUCUCUCUCUCUCUCUCUCUCUCUCUCUUUAAAAAAAAAAGAGAGAGAGAGAGAGCUACCCUGGCCUAGUGCCUCAGUGGCAGAAUGGGAUUUGAAUUAAAAACUAGGAACACAUGUAGCUUCAGCACAUUACCACAGAAAGGAUGUAGACAUCAGGCAAUGGCCACUUUUCUCUUGAGGCCAGGGCAGUGUUAGGAUUUGACUUGCCUUGAAGUAACUUAACUAAUGCUGAUUGAUUCUCCCAAGAUUAGGAACCAGGGAAUAUAUUACCAGGGAAGUUGCAAAAAUAUCAAAUCAUAGCAGUCUCUGAAUUUCUUUAGUAAAUUCAAGUUUGGUGGGGUGGGUGAAUGGGGGGGGUCAAACCCAGCACUUCAUAAAUGCUAAGCAUUCGCUUUACUACUUUGCUCUAUCCUAAGCCUAAAUUUUUAUGUUUUAGAAGCAAAGUCACAUGACUGACUGAUUUUUCUAACAAGAAAACCUUACCCCACUUCCUAUCCCCAUCCCCACGCACAGUUGUAGGAGAUCUCAUCUAUAGACCCAAACUGUACUCUCCUAAGCACAUCAGGGUGUUUGUUCUACCAUGUUCCUUCUUCAUCCCAUAUCUAAGGUUUUCCCAUUUAAGGGUGUGGGGUUAAAUUCAAAAUGAUCUUGUUUUUGUAUAUAUCCUUACACCUGCUUUGAAAAUAGGGCAAUGGGACUUCUGUUUGUUCAAAUUCUGUAUGUUUGUUUGUUUGUUUGUUUUUACACAAAAGGUGCACAACUUUUCAUUUCUCUGGUUGUACAUGAUUUAGAGUCAUACCAUUCAUGCAAUCAUACAAAUUCUAUAUUUUUUAUGUUUAUGUUUUGUAUUUUAAAGUUAAUAUGAAAAUAAAAG